GUUGGGUUUUGUUUCCCUUUCCCAGUACAGCGCCGUGGACAGCAACCCCCUGUCCCUGUAUGUCAUGCAUCCCUUCUGGAACGCCAUUGUGAAGAUCUUCCCUACCUGGCUGGCCCCAAAUUUGAUAACGUUUUCUGGCUUCCUGCUGCUUGUCUUCAACUUCUUCCUCAUGGCAUACUUCGACCCUGACUUUUAUGCUUCUGCUCCUGAUCACCAGCACGUUCCAAACGGCGUGUGGAUCGUGGUGGGGCUCCUCAACUUCAUGGCCUACACAUUAGACGGUGUUGAUGGGAAGCAGGCACGCCGGACCAACUCCAGCACCCCCCUGGGAGAGCUCUUUGACCACGGCCUGGACAGCUGGGCCUGCGUCUACUUUGUGGUCACCGUGUACUCCACCUUUGGCCGAGGUUCCACCGGCGUCAGUGUCUUCGUCCUCUACCUCCUGCUGUGGGUGGUCUUGUUUUCCUUCAUCCUUUCCCACUGGGAGAAGUAUAACACAGGGAUUCUCUUCCUGCCCUGGGGAUAUGACGUCAGCCAGGUGACCAUUUCAAUUGUCUACAUAGUGACAGCCUUUGUGGGAGUUGAGGCCUGGUAUGCACCUUUCCUGUUUAAUUUCUUAUAUAGAGACCUAUUCACUGCAAUGAUUAUUGCCUGUGCCCUCACUGUGACCCUGCCCAUGAGCCUGUACAACUUCUACAAGGCCUAUAAAAAUAACACCUUGAAGCACCACUCUGUGUACGAAAUCCUGCUGCCCCUCGUGUCCCCAGUGUUGCUGUUCCUGCUCUGCACCACCUGGAUCUUCCUGUCCCCCACUGACAUCCUGGAGGUCCAGCCCAGACUCUUCUAUUUCAUGGUUGGAACAGCCUUCGCCAACAUCUCUUGCCAGCUGAUCGUGUGCCAGAUGAGCAGCACGCGGUGCCAGCCCCUCAACUGGAUGCUGCUCCCCAUCGCGGCCGUGCUGCUCCUGGUGCUGUCCGGGCUGGCUCCCGGCAGCGAAACGCUCCUGCUGUACCUGCUGACCGCCUUCCUCACCCUGGCACACAUCCACUAUGGAGUGGUCGUGGUGAGCCAGCUGAGCAGGCACUUCAACAUCCGGCCCUUCUCCCUACGGAAGCCCACUCCGGACUGACUGGGAGCAGAGGAGGAGAAAAUCGGCCUGCGGGCUGCAGAAGGACUGUAAAUACCUGCUGCAAAUACCUGUAAAUACUUCAGCCAUCACCACAGAUCCAAACUAUCCUCUGGACAGGGCCAAGGACACGCGGGAUCCGCUGCAGCCGGGGCGGGGCUGGGCCGGGGCGGCUCCUGCUGCUCUUCCAUCCCUGCGAGCUUCGGGUUUUGGGUGGAGCUGGAGGAGGAGGAGCCUUUCAGGUCGCUGCUACUGUACCUUAGACCAGCUGAAUGUUCCCAGAGAAGCCUCUGACUCCGGCCCUUGCUCAGGGAAAGCUGCUUGGGGAUGCAAAUGCUUUACCUGAGCAAAGCACCUUGGCCUGACGCCAAAACCAACACAGCUGAUUCCUCCAAGGGCAGGGGGACAUCCUGGUGGUUGGGGUGGCUCCUGACUGUCCCCAGUGCUGCUGUCUGGACAGCCCCUGUGCUGGGCUGGUACUUUGGGAGCAGAUGGUGACAGUUCUCCCACAUUCUGUCCUCCCUUCCUGCUUUUGGGCAAACACUUGCUAACACCUCUGUUUUUUGUUUUUUGUUUUUUUUUUUUUGUUUGUUUGUUUUUUUAGGGGGGAAAAAAAAGAGAAGACACUCAAAGCUUAUAGUUCAGUCCUCCCUGGCAGGGCUUGGAAAAUCAGGGCUCAGUUCCCCAUGGGAAUAGGAAUGUGGUACAUUGUGUGGUAGCUGGGACCACAUCUCAACGUGUUCCUGUGUGUCCAUGUGUGUUCCCAGUCUGGGAGUGGGGUCUGGGCUGUGGAAGGUGGCUGAGAAUACAGAGCCAAGCUCUCCCCAUUCCUACCAGCAUGGAUUUGCUGUUGUGGGUUGGCUCCGUGGCUCCUUUCCUGCUGCCUGAGCCCCUUUUCCACAGCCAGGAACAGCCUUGCCCUUCCCAAUUGCAAUUCCACUGCUGGGAGAAGCAGCUGAAGCCCCGUGUUGUGCACCUGCAGGAUGCUCCCAGGGGUGGGAACCUUUCCAGAUCUCCCUCUGUCCCCAGCACCCGCGUGUCUCAUCCAGGCAUCUCUUCCGUUUACUGUCCACUUGUCAAAGAUGUGUUUGCAUUGAUUUCAUUUUUUAAUUUGUUUUUAUAAUUGAGUUGGAGUGGGGUGGUGAAGACUGAAUGCUGAUUUUUUUUCCUGCUGGCUUGAUUCAAUGAAGACCUGUGCUUGAAUGAAGAGUGUAGCUUAAAGCCAGGCUCUGGAAAGGCUGCAUCCGGAAGUGAACAAGCACAGCCGAUCGUGCAGGUGGAACUCCCAUGGGAACAAAUUUUCAGACACUGAUUGUUGUGCAACGUGGGGCAUCACAGCUUGGUCAGAGCGAUUUCCUUCUGCUGGGAAAGCCUCGUCCUGCCGUGGGAAACCUUCAAUGUGUGACUGCUAUUUAAUGCUUUUUCUUUUGGAAAUUUGAAUCACUGUCAUGCCGGCGACGAGACUGGAAACCCCGAGGUUGAGCUCGUGAGCUUGUGGGUUGCUUGGGCAGCUCAUGGUCAGCCCCUGGUCAGCCCCUGGUCACGGUACAGCCUGUGAGGAGCAAACUGGGCCCUUCCCAGAGCUGCCAUCCGUCGUGGGAGGCUCUGGAUCUCCGUGUGCUCAUGUGUCCGUAUGGCUGCAGCGGGGCUGGGAGAGGGGGCCGAUGGUUUUUGGAGUUUAUUUAAUAAAGUGGCUUCCUCCAAUCUA